AUAAAUCAUUCCAUUGCCGAAUCUCUGUAGCCAUUCAUAAAAUUGGUGGCUUCAGUAAUAAGGCCCUCAAGAUUUUUAUUUAUUUAUUUCUUAUAGAUAAAGAAUAACCUAUUCUUUUAAUUCGUGUUAAUUGAUUUAUUAUCUAUAUUACUCAAGUCUUUAACUCGAAGCUUCUUGUUGUGUCCUUGUAUUUGCAGAUGAAAUUAUCAUCCAUAUUCUGAUCAGGAAAUCUUAUCAUGGUCUAAACAUGCUGAUGGUGUAUGCACCGGUAGCUCCUACUGCAAAGUGCCUGACAUACCCAGAUUAUAAUACUCUGCAUCAUGAAGCAUUGCCAUCUAGGAGUACCCAUGUCAAUUCCUUGAUCAAUGUUUCAUUAACCCCCAAACUACUUAGGACCCCAUGUAAUUGUACACUACCUUCUUCCUUGUUUUCCUGGAAAGACCGUUUUCAGCUGAACACCAAUCACGUGUGUCAGCCUCACCAUGUGGCUACAAAGAAAUGGCUAUGCCGGUUGGAUGAUUCGAUUCCAUCUGAUGAAGAGUAUCGUUCUUCACGGAACAUAGCAAUUAGUCUAUUCAGGCGGUACAGGAAUGUGGUUGAUCGUGGAGGAGGGGACAACCUAAAAGUAUAUUCAGCGGAGUUUAUCAGUGCUGGGGUGAAUGCUUAUGCUCUGGGAUGCACUGAUGAAGGGUUAAGGAAAGAACUUGCUGAUUUGAGAGAAUCUGGUGUUGAAAUUGAUGUAAUGCAAACUUAUGGUGGAAGCACCAGUUUGAAAUCCAAGAUUGGAUCAGAGGAGGUAGAAGAAUGCAUAUUGUGGUUGAGCAUUAUAUUCAUAACCAUAUUAUGUACACCACAACCGACAAUAGUUAGGUGGUCAUCUACUCCUCCAGUGUCAGACGAAAUAAGGCUUCAGUGGAAGGGCUUCUGUGCUCUCAUAGCAAAUGCAUACUACGUGCGAGGAAUGGCAUGGCUUCCUGUAAAGACUCUUCAACUAGAGCAGAUGGCAGUGGUGGGACGAGCCGAGGAGCCCUCAGUGGUUGCUAGCCGAAUGCUAUUAGUGUUUAGCACACUGGAGGUGGUGAGUCCACAGUGGCCUAGAGUAUAAAGGCGAUUUUCUACUGAUGAAGCCCAUCUCUGGUGUUAAGGUUUACAAUAGCAAUUUCCAAGUUCCAAACAGUGGAUGUGAAAAAAAAAUCAUAAUAAUAUCAGAGGGCGGGAGAGAUCAGCCAUGGAUUAAAAGUUUUUAUACGAAAAUCAUGUACUAAAAUAUGUAAUGUUCGACGUUUUCAUGUAAAUAAGGCUUUAAUGUAGUGAUCACAACUGCUCACAAGGCAAUUUUAGUGCUAUAAAAACUGUAACACGUUCUUGUUUGGCACUGAACACAGUAGUCAUGACUCAUGAAUCUCAAUUUUGAGAGGGAAAUGUUUACAUACCAAACAAUGUUGAUAUC